AUGGGUGGUUGGAAAUUGGAAGUUGGACGAUUUGUUGGACUUGUCAGUUUCCCAGUUUUUUGCUUUUGGUUAUUUAAUCAGCCAGAUAUUUUUAAACAAAAAUCUGAAUUUGAAAAAAGAUCUGAAUUGGUACUAUCAACAUUUAAGGAAUCGAUUAAAGAAGAACGUCGACAACUCGAAUAUGAGAAAUUUCUUCGAGAGCAAAUGGAAUUAGAAAAGAUUAAAAGAGAAAAAAAAUAA